AUGGCCGGUACCGUCCGACCAUCAGAGGUGCGCCUCCUGUACCGGCAGGUCGUGCUGCCGGCCCUCGCUUACGCCUCCCCUAUCUGGUGGCCCGAACGGCCCGACUGCCGCCUGCGCAGUCGUAUACUUUCCGUGCAACGCUCCGUUUUGCUCGCACUCAUGGGCGCGUACAAGAGCACGCGCACGGCGGCGCUGCAGCUUCUGUUGCAUGCACCGCCGAUUGAGCUCGACCUGCGGCGCCUCAACUGCGAAUUCACCCUGUUUGUUCUGCGACAGCCCGUCCAGUGCGACGGCCAUGCGUGCGCCGCCGAUAACGUCGCGCUCCCAAUCGAGCGGUGGACGAGACACCUGGCACAAUCGCCUCAGGAACGCCCGGUUUGCCGGCUUUCAGUACAUCAGGUUCGGGCGAUGGCUCGGAACUACGGCCUUCACAUAUACACCGACGGCUCACACACGUCCCUGUCCUCGGGCGCGGCGUACGUUGUGUUCGGUCGCGGCACGUCCAUCAAAGCCGUCGGUCGCUAUCGAGUUCAGGGAACAACGAGCGCAUAUGCAACCGAGAUCGUGGCUUUCACAGAGGCCCUCGUCUACUUGCGAUCCUCCGCCUCUCGCACGCCUGCGUUUGUCUAUACUGACUGUCUGUCGGUCCUCCAGGCCAUCGCCAGCCCACACUGCCUGGACCCUCGCGUUGAGCGCCUGCGCGAGCUCAUGGCGCAGAUCUCCGCCUUGCGAGCACUACAGGCGUUUCACGUCCCAGGCCACCGUGGUCUGUUUGGCAACGAAUUAGCUGAUUAUCUCGCCGAGCGUGCGUGUCGUGUGGGCCUCGUGCGAACGGUGCCGCAAUCAUUACGCGACGUCCGUGCGCGCCUCCGUCAAGACAUGAUUGCGAACUGGGCCAGGACUGGUCGGAGCAUCACACCAGCACCGAAUUAUACAAAUGGACCCCAGAAGUUCGCCACUUAG